GGCGCGUGCCAAAGAGUGUAUGGUCGAACUGUAGCAUCACGCGUCUACCUUCUCUACGCAAACUUAAGUGAGGAAUUUUCGUAAAUAACCAUGGUCCUUUUUAGAUCAAAGGAUUGUCUGCUCUUGCCGCUUCUUCUAGCUAUUGGCAUUCGUUUCUCAGAUGCGUCUUGCGGUGGAGUCCUUAAUGGCCGUCAUGGAGUUAUUCAGUCACCGAACUUUCCUGAAACGUAUCCAAAUAACCUGCACUGUGUGUGGAACAUAACUGUGUCGUCAGGCCAUCGAGUACGAAUUCAGUUCACAGCUUUUGAUGUAGAAUAUUUCAAAUAUUGUGAGUACGAUUGGAUUUCUAUGCGCUCCGGGAAUAGUACAUUUGGACUAUUUUGUGGUUCUAAAAAAGGGGUUCAUAAUCACAUUCCCCCUGAUUCUUCAAUAUCGCCAACCAACGAGGUCACUCUCAUCUUUCACUCGGAUUACUCCAACGAGGAACGCUACAGAGGUUUUAGAGCACACUACUCCGCUGUUGAUGCGGAUGAGUGCAAAAGUAGUAAUGGCGGAUGUGAUCAUUACUGUCACAAUUACAUAGGCGGUCAUUAUUGCUCAUGUAGAGCAGGCUACAGACUUCAACCGGAUAAGAAGUCUUGUAAUGUUGUGUGCAAUAACCAGCAAUUUAAAGCGAGACGAGGUGAGAUAGUUACUCCAGAAUACCCUAAGAACUACCCCAAAAACUCCAGAUGUGACUGGACCAUUGAGGUGGAAAAAGGAUACCAGAUAACUUUAAGUUUUAUUCAGUUUGAAGUGGAGGAUCAUCCAGACGUGAUUUGUCCUUACGACUACAUGAGAGUGUCAGCAGGCAUCAAUAGGAAGUAUGGUCCUUUCUGCGGAAAAUCUCUUCCUAAGAACUUUACUUCAUCUGAUAACUACAUGUACCUGGAGUUUGUGUCUGACGGUACUGAAAACUACAAAGGAUUCAAAGCGAUUUAUGACACACACGGGUUAAAGUGCCCACCCUUACGUGCUCCACAGCAUGGAAACAUGACAGGGGAUAGUUUUACGUUUAAGGACGUCGUACAGUUUGGCUGCGAUGAAGGUUAUCUUCUAACAGGCUCUGCUGUCAGGGAAUGUCUCAGCAGCGGGACCUGGGACGGAGUUGUCCCUGAAUGCAAACCGGUAAACUGUGGUAAUCCAGGAAUCCCACGUCAUGGUAAAAUGGAACAGACUGGAUUCACUUACAGAAAAACUGUGACAUUUUCUUGUGACAAGUAUUUUGAGCUUCGUGGUCAGAACACUAGACAGUGCCAAGCAGAUGGGACCUGGUCUGGCGAACAACCCAAGUGUGUUGCAGGUUGUGGAGAAAUAGAAAACUUUAAUUUCAGUCGUGAUGUUUGUAGAAAGAGGAUUGUUGGUGGCCAGGACUCUUCCAAGGGCGCCUACCCGUGGCACGUAUUACUGAUGAAGGAUGGUCGGUUGGCCUGUGGUGGAAGUCUUUUGAACGAACGUUGGGUUUUAACUGCUGCUCAUUGCGUGACGAGCAAACAAUCAGACAUCAUCCCCCUUUCAAAACUAGACAUUUUUGCUGGUCUACUCGAUAUCCGCAAAAUGAACGACAGCCACAUUCAGAGGAGAAGAGUCAUAAAGAUCAUUAAUCAUCGGGACUUUAAUUUCACGCUGUUUGAGUCUGACUUGGCGCUUUUGAAACUGGAUCGUGAAGUCAAAAUAUCAGAUUACGUCAGACCCGUCUGUCUGCCAGAAAAACCUGCACAUAAGAGUUUGUUUAUGCCUCGAAAAUUCGGCCGAGUGGUAGGCUGGGGUUAUAGAGUGAGCCAGGACUCCGUUGGGCAGUUUGCAAACGUCCUCAAAGAGAUCUGUAUUCCCACCAUCGGCAACGAUAGAUGCAAAGCCGCCUUCCAGGAUGAAGGGUACAUUGUGACUCGAAAAAUGCUAUGCGCUGGUCAGGUUCAAGGUGGAAAAGAUUCCUGUCAUGGAGACUCUGGAGGUGGAUUUGUCUCCAUGGACCCACUGAGCGGGAAGUGGGUACUGGGCGGGGUGGUGAGCUGGGGCAGCAGCCUGGGAUGCGGAUUACGAAAUAAGUAUGGGGUGUAUGUGCGCGUCACAGAGUUUAUCCCUUGGAUCAAUCGUUAUAUGUCCUGAGACUCCCUUCACUUGAUCAAGAUGUAACCAACUUAUUUGGAUAAUUUAAUUAAUGCAUAAGCAAAAUUUUCUUUUUAUCAGUUUCAGUUGAUGUAAUUGAAUCUGUUCUUUCUUACUUGAAACAAAAAAAUACAUGAAUUGAUAGACGUUUGCCUGUGAGCGUGGAAAGUAAACUGCUCACUGAGGUUUACCGUUAGUUUGUUUUUUCAGUAUCUAGUUUGCUAUUUUAUGUUGUGUAAUCUUACGGCAGCAGUUUUUGUCUUCCUGCUGACUUCGUGUUUAUACAGUGAUAGAGUUAAAUAUAAAAUGCACAACUGAGAUGCAUGGCUUGCGUGAUCAACUACAUUUUUAAUCUUUCAGGACUCUUUAUCCUGUAUUUAGAUGUAGAAAUCAUUUUAUGUAGUCUUCGUAUUUAAAAAAAUAUAUUUCUCUUAGUCUAUUGGAUUUAAAUGUCUGUUUAAAUAUUGAUUUAUGAGAGAAUUCCAGUUUGUCACGCCUUCGGAAGCCUGGUUUCGUUUCCAAAAUGACUUCAGUCAGACAAGUCGUACUCUUUCUUUACUUUUUAAAGAAUUUCAUUUUUGUUGUGUGAAUCCUAACAGCUAAGACAGAUUACGCUAUGAGUAAAUUGCACUUGAAGCCGAAAAAGAAGCCUUUCGUAGCUGGGGUAUAAGAAUGAAGACUUAUCAGUAUGAGUCAAAUUACGAGUAACAACUUUCUUCAGAGUGUAUUGGGUAAUAAUGAUUUGUAUCUUUCUGAGAAAGACUUAGUAGCUUUUUAAAGCACAUGCUAACGUAAAUUUGUUGCUGUUGUCAUAUAUUUUAAAAACCUUUUUUUAUUGUUACAAAUGUAUAUUUUGUUGUUGUUA